GAAGCAAGAAGGCAGUUUGCUAAUCAAGGGGGAUAAGACUACUGUUUCUUUAAAGUGCCGGAGCGGGGAAGGGGGAAGAAAGGGUCGUGUGCGGUGUCUUUUUAACCUUGCUGAAGGACGCAGCAGUAUUUAUUGACGUAUGCAAAUAGCUGGGGGAGGGUGGUGCUUGGGAAAAAACAGGAACCAGAAUCAGUUUCUCAUUGCAGGCUGAGCGCUCUGAGUUCCGGUGAAGGGAAAAGAGACGUGGCGAAAUUGCUGUCUUUCUGUCUUAUAAGCAUAUCUUUCACUAAUACAGACAAGGAAUCUAGACAUCAGAAAGGCUGCGCAAACCAUGCAGGAUGAUUUACUGAUGGACAAAAGCAAAACCCAGCCCCAGCCCCAGCAGCAGCGGCAGCAGCAGCAGCAGCCCCAGCCCGAGCCCAGCACAGCCGAAGCCCCGUCCACGCCCCUGUCCUCAGAGACCCCCAAGCCGGAGGACAGCAGCACAGUGCCGGCCCUCAGCCCCGCCGCGGCCCCGCCGGCCCCCAACGGCCCCGACAAGAUGCAGAUGGAAUCGCCGCUCCUGCCGGGCUUGGGUUUCCACCAGCCCCCUCAGCAGCCGCCGCCGCCGCCGCCGCAGGAGCCCGCGGCGCCGGGCGCGUCGCUGUCGCCGUCCUUCGGCAGCACCUGGUCCACGGGCACCACGAACGCGGUAGAGGACAGCUUCUUCCAGGGGAUCACCCCAGUCAACGGGACCAUGCUCUUCCAGAACUUCCCGCACCACGUCAACCCAGUUUUCGGAGGCACCUUCUCCCCGCAGAUCGGCCUGGCGCAGACCCAGCACCACCAGCAGCCGCCGCCGCCGCCCGCGCCGCAGCCCGCGCAGCCCGCGCAGCCCCCGCAGGCGCAGCCCUCGCAGCAGCGCCGGUCGCCCGCCAGCCCCAGCCAGGCACCCUACGCGCAGAGGGGCGCCGCAGCGGCGUACGGUCACCAGCCCAUCAUGACUAGCAAGCCGUCCUCUUCCUCGGCGGCAGUGGCCGCCGCGGCUGCCGCCGCCGCCUCGUCCGCGUCGUCCAGCUGGAACACACACCAGAGCGUGAACGCGGCCUGGAGCGCGCCGUCCAACCCGUGGGGCGGCCUGCAGGCGGGUAGGGACCCUCGCCGGGCGGUCGGCGUGGGCGUGGGCGUGGGCGUGGGGGUGCCUUCACCGCUCAACCCCAUCUCGCCGCUCAAGAAGCCCUUCUCCAGCAAUGUGAUCGCGCCGCCCAAGUUCCCCCGCGCGGCCCCGCUCACCUCCAAGUCCUGGAUGGAGGAUAACGCUUUCCGGACGGACAAUGGUAACAAUCUGUUGCCAUUUCAGGACCGGAGUAGGCCCUAUGACACUUUUAACUUGCACUCGUUGGAGAACUCCUUAAUGGAUAUGAUAAGGACUGAUCAUGAGCCUCUGAAAGGUAAACACUACCCUCCCAGUGGCCCACCAAUGAGUUUCGCUGAUAUAAUGUGGAGGAAUCAUUUUGCAGGACGCAUGGGAAUAAAUUUUCAUCAUCCAGGAACAGAUAAUAUUAUGGCACUUAACAGUCGAUCUUCUCUCUUUCCCUUUGAAGAUGCCUUCCUGGACGACAGUCACGGCGAUCAGUCCUUGUCAUCUGGCUUAAGUUCUCCCACUCGCUGUCAAAAUGGGGAGCGAGUAGAACGCUACUCUAGAAAGGUGUUUGUUGGAGGCCUUCCGCCUGAUAUCGAUGAAGAUGAGAUCACUGCCAGCUUUCGCAGGUUUGGACCUCUCGUCGUAGACUGGCCUCACAAAGCUGAAAGCAAGUCGUAUUUUCCUCCUAAAGGCUAUGCCUUUCUGCUGUUCCAGGAGGAGAGCUCAGUCCAAGCAUUGAUAGAUGCCUGCCUAGAAGAAGAUGGGAAACUGUACCUGUGCGUGUCAAGCCCCACCAUCAAGGAUAAACCGGUGCAAAUUCGACCAUGGAACCUAAGUGACAGUGACUUUGUAAUGGAUGGUUCUCAGCCUUUGGACCCCAGAAAAACUAUCUUUGUUGGGGGAGUUCCACGACCCCUUCGAGCUGUUGAACUGGCAAUGAUCAUGGACCGUUUGUACGGUGGUGUCUGCUAUGCUGGCAUUGAUACAGACCCAGAGCUGAAGUACCCCAAAGGUGCUGGCCGCGUGGCGUUCUCCAAUCAGCAGAGUUACAUUGCAGCCAUCAGCGCUCGCUUUGUGCAGCUCCAACACAAUGACAUUGACAAACGGGUGGAAGUGAAGCCAUAUGUGCUGGAUGAUCAGAUGUGUGAUGAGUGCCAGGGCACACGCUGUGGUGGGAAGUUUGCCCCGUUCUUCUGUGCCAACGUCACCUGUCUGCAGUAUUACUGCGAAUACUGCUGGGCGAGCAUACAUUCCCGCGCCGGGCGAGAGUUCCACAAACCGCUGGUGAAGGAGGGAGGUGACCGCCCUCGCCACGUCCCGUUCCGCUGGAGCUGAGCCCAGGGCAGACUCAGCCACAAGUACUGGAGUAGAUAACAAGGAGGGAAAAGAGAGGGCACUGCCUCAGGGCUUACAGUGUUCUGGAAAUCUGUGCAUUCGUUCUCGAUUUUUAAAGAAGAAAUGGGUCUUUUUAUUAUUAUUAUUAUUAUUUACAGUCAUAUUACUGAACUCAGUGUCCAGUAUAAUGCAGAUUUGCAGAGUGUAUAACGGUACUGAUUUGCACUUUGAUUCACACCUUUGUCUGCUUGGUACCUUAAUUUCUUACACCUGAUUUGUCACUCGUAGACUGCCAUUCUCAUCAGCGGCCAUCAAGUUGAUGUCUGUGAUUUUUUUUGUUCAUUGUUGUUGUGUUGUUGUUGUUCUUGUCGUUUUUGAACUGGAGCAUGCACUUAUUUUCAGAAACUUAGAGACUCGCCCCUAGGAGAAGACUUACCAAAGGUAAUACUCGUGAGUAGGUGGCAGAUGUAGCAAAAACUUCACAACAAUUCAGCAGUCAUUAGUUGGGGUAAUUUAGAGUAAGGAUAACCCUUAAUGAAAAUAAGCCUUUAGUUGCUCUCUAUUUUGACAUGUAAGGAUACCUCAUAAGCUGAAUCUUUAUUUUUCCUUCAUGUUUGAUUUUUGUUUUGCUGAGGAUUUUGGUUAGAUCUUUUAGUGUUAUGUAAAUUUAUGCUGCAAUAGCUUUUGCUGCUAUUAAAAUGGUAUUAUUAAUACCAUAAUACUCUAUUCAGGCUAAGGUAUCAAUUACAAAAAACCCAACAACACACUUUUGUGAUUUAGGGAUAGAAUCAGCUGCCGAAAGGAGAUCAGAAUAGACUUGAGAAAGCGUCAACGGAAGGUCACUAUUUCUGACUGCAUGUUUACUUAAUCAGGUUGCUGCAUGCAAUAAAUUUUAUAUCUGAUGUCUAGUAUAAAACCUUCCCACAAUGCACAAAUUAAGAAUCUAUAUAAGCUAUAAAAUACUGAUUUUUUUAAAAGAUUUUUUUCAUUCAAAGAAAUGGUAAUUGACUGGAGGAAGGCAUGUCUCAAUAAAUGGAAUGCUUCUGAAAUUAGGAGGAGCCCAUAACAGAAUGACCUAUAUUACAACCAAUAUAAAACCUAGGUGUAGGAUAUUCUUAAAGCAAAUUUGUGGGUGGUAGAUGAAGUACUUUGCGGUGCUCUGUUAUAUAUUGUGCAAUUUAUUUUAUAUAGUAAAGUGAUUAUGUCUAACUGUGAUCAAACUUAACUGUUUAAAGCCUCUGUGUCAGACAUUAACGAACUUGACAGUUCAUAACUGGUAUAUUAUUAACUAACACAUGAGCUCUUAGUUACAAUCUCCUAGUGCUUGCACCAUUUUACAUAGCUUCAGACCUUGUCCAGAAAACCAAAGAGCUCAUCUUAGCUUACAAACACUAGGAAUAUAUACAGUAUAUAGAGAUAAGUUGUCAAUUGACAAACUAGGCACAUUUUAAGAAAGUUGUGUGAUUGUGAUGCUAAAGAAAUGUCUGUACAAAAUAAGAGGGCCUGGGCAGGGUUGGUUGUCUGGGUGAGAAAUUAACUACUUAAUUCCCUGGAUUUAUCCUGUAAAGCUUGAAUAGAAUUCAGACCUGCUAGUACUACCAUGGACAUUUUUUUAGCAUUCACUCUUGGGCUGCAGAUAGUAACAUAUAAACACACACAAUGAUUAUGAGACUGUGUAAAUCUUUUUUUAAAUCUUCUUCCUAUGUUUUGGAAUUCUGGGGACAAUCUGACUGGAUAUGACACUGCAGAAUAGAUUUAAGUCGCUGUGUUUUAUGUGCUGUGAUGUCCUUGUACUGUCUUAAGUUAAUAUGGCUUUGUUUUGUUUUGUUUUGUUUCUCCAGUGUUUAGUUGCAAUUACCAGCUCACAAACUAUAGUUUGUUUUCAAAAAGGAAAAAACAAAAUAGUUUUUUACUGGAUUAAAAAUGCUUAUUAUAAUUCCCCUUUGAGGUUACCUCUGGGCUUUUUGGUAAUAAUUGCUUUUUUCCAGCCCAGCUGUGGUUUUCUGUUUGUUUUUUUCUAUGUUUGUGGUUUUUUUCAUCUGUACAAGAAAUUUUGUUAUGCACUACUACUUUUUGUAUUCUAGACAGUUUUCAAAAGUUGGCUGAAGUUUUUUUUGUUUGUUUGUUUUUAAGGAAAAAGGCAUGCUUUCUGACUGACAUGAUCUUUUGCAAUACCUCAAUUUUGAAAUAUAGGAAAGAAAAUGAUAUUUUCUAAGUAAGUUUAUUCAGAAAAAUAUAUAUUAAUUUAAUUCUGCAAGAAAAAUGAUUUAACAGAUGGGUAACUUUAUUUUUUUCAUGCUUAUUUGUGUUUUUUGAAAAUGAAGAAGUCAGAGCUUUAUAACUAUAAUAUUAAAGAUCAUAUCUAACCUACAGAAAUCUACCUAAUUAUGUGAAAGAAGCAAAACUUUUUGAAGAAGCACCCCUCUUUCAUGUACUAAAAUAACACUGAGAUUUUUAAAAAAGAAAGCUGGAAGAUUGUACAGCAUAAAGCUGAAGUGAAGGCAAAAAAGAAUUGUCAUGAAGAAUAGGUUACAAAAAAUAAACUCCAUUUGGUGCUGAAAGUUGUGAAUAGGUGGUGGAAACUACUUUCCCUUAAUUUGUAUAUUUAUAAUCAAGCGUUGAUUGUGCACGACUGACCAGGAUUGUGAAAGAGUUCUUCUGUUUGUAUUUUUUUAAAGAGAACUUUUUUAGUUUAUUAAAUUAUAACAUGUUCCCUUUUGUUUUGUAAAUAAAUGUGCCCCCAAGUUGUUAAUGUUAUAUUAAAAGAGAGGGUCCUUCAAAAAAAAUUAUUUUUUAAAACACAGAGGUGUUCUGACCUGCAACUUGAUGGGAAGCCCCCGGGUAUCACAGGUCCUGCUGUGGCCUUUCCUUGAUGUGACACUUGAACUAGUCGAUUUUUUGAAGGCUAUAACCUAACCUCGACUAUUUGUUGUUAUGUGCAAUACUGUUUGUACUGUUUGUAUAAAAAAUAGAAAAAAAAAGAAAAGAAAAAAGGCAUAAAUCUUUAUUGCAGAUUUAUUUUCAUUGCAAACUUUAGACAUUGUGAUUCACUGAAAUCAUUUUUCUACUGUCAAAUAUGUACCUUUUCUUCAUGCUGGUAUUUUUUCAAUAGUAAUGUAGCCUUUGUACUGAGACAAAUUUUCAUUGUUAUUUUUAGAAAGAUUUUUUGCUAAGAAAAAAAUUAAACAUAUUUACAUAUUUUUCAUUUUAUUUCGUAUUUUCUUUAAGGAGUGCUUUCUCAAUCAUUAAUAGAGUUGUUUCUGGGAGGGACUUUCAUAUCUGGUCAAUGUCAUAAUAUUAUUUUGUAUUUUUACUUGGAAUAAAUUAAUUUUAUGAUGCUAAUUCUUUAAAAGUUUAUUUUUUUCAUUUUCAGUUAUUUUUGAAGCUAAAACCUUUGUAAUAUUGUUACUAAAGUGUCUAGUUUUUUGAAAUGCAAAGCUUUAUGUAUUAACUUGCUGAUGUGGUUUACAAUAGUGUGACAAUGAUGAAAAUGGUUGGUUAUGUAAAGUGACUGGAAAAUGUAAUGGAUAAUUGGGUAAUAAAAGGACAGAAUGAGUAGAACAUGUGAGAUUUUGACAAGCCUUUUCCUUUAUUACAGCGGUUUAGCGUAAGACUAGGGAUGUCACAGUACAGUUCUCUAGGGAUGUCACAGUGGAUUUAUACAACACCAGGUGCAGCCAAAUCUGUGGCCCUGAUGAUGAAGUCACCCCUUAUUGAGAUACCACCAAGUUGAGAACCUGGCUAGGUCGACAGAGUGGUUCAUUGCUUUUCCCUUCUAACUCUUCAUUUUGUCGUGUGUGU